CCACUGAAGUCGCAUCGCACGGACGGACAUACCGUAAGGUAUAAAUUAGCCUCCAUCGUCGUUUCUUCUGUUCAACUAAAGUGCAGCCAUGAAUAUCAGUUUCGAAGGAAAGCGCAUCCUCGUCACCGGAGCUGGUCAAGGAAUCGGUCGAGAAACGGCUCUCCGGCUCUCGAAAUUCAACGGCACGGUCGUAGCUCUGUCGAAAACCCAAGCGAACCUCGAUUCUCUGAAAAAGGAAGACCCGAAAAUCCAGACUGUCUGCGUCGACCUCCGAGACUGGGACGCGACGAAAAAGGCCGUUUCGACUGUACUACCGAUCGAUCUGUUGGUCAACAACGCCGGGAUCGCGAUUCUUGACCCGUUCCUCAAUCUCAAGCCUGAUGACUUUGACGCCACUCUCAAUGUCAAUGUUAAGUCUUACAUCAACGUGUCGCAGAUCGUAGCGAAAGACAUGAUUAAUAGAAAAGUUCCGGGAAGUAUCGUCAAUCUGUCGUCCGCUGCUAGUCUGGUAGCUGUGAAAGACCACGCGACGUAUUGCUCGGCGAAGGCCUGCUUGGAUAUGUUGACAAAAGUUAUGGCUUUGGAGUUGGCCCCUUACAACAUCCGAGUUAACACGGUUAAUCCAACGCUUGUCAUGACAGCGAUGGGAAAAGCGAAUUGGAGCGAUCCGGAUAAGGCUGCCACUUUAAGGGUGAAAAUUCCGAUGGAUCGAUUUGCAGAACCUUGUGAGGUUGUGGAUUCUAUAGUAUUUCUUCUGAGUGACAGAAGCGCGAUGACUACCGGUUCUGCGGUGGUCAUUGACGGAGGGUACCAUAUACAGUAAAUUUGCACCAUACUCGAAGUGUAAACCAAGUCGAAAAUAUUUUAAUAUUAUUGUUAAAAACAAAAAAAUUCCAUAAAUGUAAUUGAAUUGAA